AUGGUCGGCUCUUCAGAGCAAAACCAUGACUCGUCGCCUGUCAUCACUGAAGUACUGGGAAAAGCAUCCGACGUGCCACCUGGAACGAAGAAAGAGUUCAAAGUUAGAGAUAAGCCGAUAUUGGUGAUCAAUGACAAUGGAAAAUUCUACGCCACAUCCGGUCGUUGUGCCCAUUAUGACUACCCAUUAGAGAAAGGCAUUUACUCACAUGGGAAACUUCGUUGCUUUCUUCAUGGAGCAUGUUACAAUGUAAAAUUUGGUGGUGACAUUGAAGACUAUCCAGGAUUCGACAGCAUUCACACUUAUGACGUGGGGCUUCUUUAUCAUAAUUAG